AUGCAUCCUGAAGACAUGGAAAAGACUACGUUCAUAACCCUGUGGGGAACGUUUUGUUACAAGGUGAUGCCAUUCGAUUUGAAGAACGCAGGAGCAACAUAUCAAAGGGCUAUGGUAACCCUCUUUCAUGACAUGAUGCAUAAAGAGAUUGAGGUUUACGUUGACGACAUGAUUGCAAAGUCUCGAAUAGAAAAUGAGCACUUACAAGUCUUAAAGAGGUUAUUUCUGAGGUUGAGGAAAUUUCAACUUAAACUCAAUCCAACGAAAUGUACUUUUGGAGCCAGGUCAGGAAAAUUACUGGGUUUCAUUGUCAGUGAAAAGGGAAUUAUAGUUGACCCGGACAAAGUCAGAGCUAUACAAAAAUUGGCUCCACCCCGUACUCAAAAAGAAGUUUGUGGUAUAUGGGAUGAUGAGUGCCAAAAAGCUUUCGACAAAGUUAAACAUUAUUUGUUCAACCCUCCAGUGCUGACGCCGCCUAGUCCUAAUAGGCCACUGAUAUUGUAUUUAACAGUAUUUGACAGUUCAAUAGGAUGUGUGCUUGGCCAACAUGAUGAGACCGGAAGGAAGGAAAAGGCGAUAUAUUACCUCAAUUUAAUGUAUGUGGAAACUACCGAGGAAGACACAUCCGAAAAUUCUUCUUGGAAACUGAAUUUUGAUGGAGCAUCAAAUGCAGUUGAGUAUGAGGCGUGUAUCAUGGGAAUUCGUGCGGCCAUAGAUCGUAAAAUCAAGGUGCUAGAGUUUGAUGAUGUCACUUUCUUUUAUCUCCCACAUGAUGAGAAUCAGAUGGCCGAUGCCCUGGCUACAUUAGCUUCUAUGAUUAGAAUAAAUAAACAAGAUGAUAUGAAGCCAAUUCAGAUGAGUAUUUGUGAUGCUCCAGCUCAUUGCUGCAAUAUAGACGAAGAAGAGGAGAGAGAUAACCAUCCUUGGUAUCAUGACAUUCUGCGAUAUGUAAAGAAUCGUGAAUACCCCGGUCAGGCCACUGAAAAUGACAAGAGAAUGUUGAGAAGGCUCGCUAAUGAUUAUAUCUUAGAUGGAGAGAUCCUGUAUAAAAAGAGGAAGGAUCAAAUAUUGUUAAGGUGCGUUGACGCUGUGGAAGCAAAGAGAAUCCUGGAAGAAGUCCAUGAAGGUGUUUGUGGAACGCACGCCAAUGAGUUUACAAUGGCUAGGAAGAUCAUGAGAUUUGGGUACUACUGGUCUACGAUGCAGGGAGAUUGCAUCAGUUAUGCCAAGAAGUGCCAUAAGUGCCAAAUUUAUGGGGAUAAAAUCCAUGUGCCUCCUUCCCUGCUUCAUAGGCUGCUUCAUACGCCAAUGUCACGAAGUCAACAGUUAGCAGGUUCUUAA